AUGCUGAUUACUGUGUACUGUGUGCGGAGGGACCUCACAGAGGCAACCUUCUCCCUGCAGGUGAGCCCUGACUUUGAGCUCUGCAACUUCAGGGUCCUCUGUGAGCUUGAGUCUGGUGUGCCCGCAGGAGAGAUCCAGAUCACCUACAAGGAACAACUCCUCACAGAUGAUCACUGUUCCCUAGGCACCUAUGGCCUCAAAGACGGCGAUAUGGUCAUAUUACUUCAAAAGGAUAACAUGGGAUCUCGGCCUCCAGGAAGGAUCAUAAACCAGCCUCCCGUGGAUUUCACUGGAUUGGCCAUGCCUGGAACAUCAAAUCCCCGGCAGCAGCAGCAGCAGCACCAGCAUCACCACCACCACCACCACCGUCAGCACACACCAUCAACACAGCAGGCCCAUGGACUGGCCUCUGAAAAGAACACGGCCUAUGCUGAAGACCUUGGCAGCGCUUCCCUGAUUCGCAGCAUGCUGCUUUCCAACCCUCACGAUCUGUCCCUGCUGAAGGAACGGAACCCGGCUUUGGCUGAAGCUCUACUGAGUGGAAACCUUGAGACGUUUUCUCGGGUCCUGAUGGAGCAACAAAGGGAACGGGAGUUGAGAGAACAAGAGAUGCUUCGUCUCUAUUCUUCUGACCCAUUUGACCAGGAAGCUCAGGCCAGAAUAGAAGAAGAGAUCCGGCAGCAGAACAUCGAAGACAACAUGAACAUAGCCAUGGAAGAGGCUCCUGAGAGCUUUGGACAAGUGUCUAUGCUCUACAUUAACUGCAAAGUGAACGGGCACCCUUUGAAGGCUUUCGUUGACUCGGGUGCCCAGAUGACCAUCAUGAGCCAAGCUUGUGCUGAGAGAUGUAACAUCAUGAGGCUGGUGGACCAGCGGUGGACUGGGGUUGCUAAGGGAGUAGGCACACAGAGGAUUAUGGGCCGUGUUCAUCUGGCUCAGAUUCAAAUUGAAGGUGAUUUCCUUCAAUGCUCUUUCUCUAUCCUCGAAGAUCAGCCCAUGGACAUCCUUCUAGGGCUAGAUAUGCUUAGGAGGCAUCAGUGUUCCAUAGAUCUAAAGAAAAACGUGCUGGUAAUUGGCACCACUGGUACACAGACCCACUUUCUUCCUGAGGGAGAGUUGCCCUUGUGUGGGAGGCUAGUAAGUGGGACUAUACAAGAAGACUCUUCAGAUAAGGAAGUAUCAGGCAACAUCAAGCACUCAGUUAAGGGUUUAGGAUGA